UCUGACCCUGUGAAUAAGCACUGAAGAAGAAGCCAGUACAGCCGAACCUCGACCAUCCCGUGAUCCACACGGCACAGUACCACGGUCGCCAGAAGCGCCUGGUUCUGUUCCUCGUCCCGGCGCCGCGCUCUCAUCAUGGCGUACUGCAUGCGAGUUUUGUACCGCAAGGGUCCUCAAGUUGCGGCCCUUGAUGUACAGCAGCGAUGCUUUUCCAUCUCUCCACUCUCGGCCAUGGCUGCCAAGGUAGCCAUGAGCCGUUUAGAUAACAAACCUCUGCCAUAUGACAAGUUGGCCAGCAACAUUGAAGUUGUGAAAAAGCGACUGGGGAGACCUUUGACUUUGUCUGAGAAGAUCUUGUAUUCCCAUCUGGAUGACCCCAAAGGCCAAGAUGUUGAGCGUGGUGUGUCAUAUCUCCGUUUGCGACCUGACCGUGUGGCGAUGCAGGAUGCAACUGCACAAAUGGCUAUGCUUCAGUUUAUUUCAUCUGGUCUGCCCAAAGUAGCUGUACCUUCAACCAUCCACUGUGACCAUCUUAUUGAAGCUCAGAUUGAAGGAGAGAAGGAUCUUGCUCGCGCUAAGGACUUGAACAAGGAGGUGUACACCUUCCUGCGAUCUGCUGGUGCCAAAUAUGGCGUUGGUUUCUGGCACCCUGGAUCUGGUAUUAUCCACCAGAUUGUGUUGGAGAACUAUGCUUUCCCUGGACUGUUGUUGAUUGGUACUGACUCCCACACCCCUAAUGGUGGAGGAUUGGGUGGGCUCUGUAUUGGUGUCGGUGGUGCUGAUGCUGUUGAUGUGAUGGCUGAUAUCCCAUGGGAACUCAAGUGCCCUAAGGUUAUUGGUGUGAAGCUUACUGGUAAGCUAAGUGGAUGGACCUCACCGAAGGAUGUGAUCUUGAAGGUGGCUGGCAUUCUCACUGUCAAGGGUGGCACUGGUGCCAUUGUGGAGUACUUUGGCCCUGGUGUCGAUUCCAUUUCAUGCACUGGUAUGGGUACAAUCUGCAACAUGGGAGCUGAAAUUGGAGCUACUACUUCAGUUUUCCCCUUCAAUCACAGAAUGGCUGCUUACUUAGAGUCAACUGGCCGCAAAGAUAUUUCUGAUGAGGCAGCAAGGGUUAAGGAUGUCCUCCUCUCCCCUGACGCUGGAUGCAAAUACGAUCAGGUGAUUGAAAUUGAUCUGAGCACACUUGAGCCUCAUGUGAAUGGUCCAUUCACUCCUGACUUGGCUCACCCCAUCAGCAAGCUUAGUGAAAAUGCGAAGAAAGCUGGAUGGCCCCUUGAGAUCAAAGUUGGUCUUAUUGGAAGCUGCACAAACUCUUCCUAUGAGGAUAUGACCCGUUGUGCUAGCAUUGCUGAAGAGGCCAUGAAGCACGGUUUAAAAUCAAAGAUUGCUUUCAAUGUUACUCCUGGAUCUGAGCAAGUCAGAGCUACCAUUGAACGUGAUGGUGUGUCAGAAACCCUCCGUAAAUUCGGAGGUACAGUUUUGGCUAAUGCCUGUGGUCCUUGCAUUGGCCAAUGGGACAGGAAAGAUGUCAAGAAGGGAGAAAAGAACACAAUUGUCACAUCAUACAACCGUAACUUCACUGGUCGUAAUGAUGCCAACCCUGCUACUCAUGGAUUUGUCACCUCCCCUGAGUUGGUUACCGCCCUGUCUAUUGCUGGUUCCCUGAAUUUCAACCCGUUAACUGACACACUGAAGGGUGCUGAUGGCAAGGAGUUCAAGUUAUCCGAUCCCUUCGGCAAAGAGCUGCCCCCCCGUGGUUUCGACCCUGGCGAAAACACCUACCAAGCACCUCCUCCUGAAGGUAGCAGUCUGAAAGUGGAUGUUGACCCCAAGAGCCAGCGUCUUCAGCUCCUUGAACCUUUUGCCAAGUGGGACGGAAAGGAUUACAAAGACCUCACUAUUCUUAUUAAGGUUAAAGGCAAGUGCACCACUGACCACAUUUCCGCUGCUGGUCCUUGGCUCAAGUACCGUGGACAUUUGGACAACAUUUCCAACAACUUGUUCCUCACCGCUACAAAUGCUGAAAAUGGAGAAUUGAAUAAGAUCAAGAACCAACUUACUGGCAAUUACGGUGGUGUUUCUGAGGUUGCUAGAGCUUACAAGGCAAAGGAUGUCAAGUGGGUUGCUAUUGGCGAUGAGAACUACGGUGAGGGAAGCUCCCGCGAGCAUGCCGCUCUUGAGCCCCGUCACUUGGGUGGUGUUGCCAUUAUUGUCAAGUCGUUUGCCCGCAUUCAUGAGACCAAUCUGAAGAAACAGGGUAUGCUGCCUCUUACCUUCGCUAACCCUGCUGAUUAUGAUAAGAUUACACCCUUCGACAAAGUGUCCAUUCUUGGUCUUAAAGACUUGGCUCCUGGCAAGCCUCUUCAGUGUGAGCUCAAGCACCCUGAUGGCAAGACAGAACAAAUAACCCUCAAUCACACCAUGAAUGACCUCCAGAUCAGUUGGUUCAGAGCUGGUAGUGCACUUAACAGAAUGAAGGAGUUAGCAAAGUAGAACAUUAGAUUUAUUCCAUCAAUUCUCCUCACAUCCUGUAUCUCUAGUCAGGCUCUUAAUUUGGCGCAUUGUAGUGCUAUAGUUUGAUUUUGUUCUUUAUUCAUCAUGCAAUUUGCAGAUGCAAAUGAUUUUUAUUGCAAAAUUUUCAAAUUUUUUGUUUUUAAUUUGAAAUUUUAUUUCCUAAGGAAGUUUUACCUAAGGGAAUUAUGAGCUCCAUUAUAGUUUAUGAUUCGUUGACUAAACUUGUGAAGAGAGGUGCCAUACUCUGUUCACUCGAGUCACAGUAUUUUGUGGGUCCUCUCGUAACCCAUGUUGAGAUUGUAUUAUGUAUUUUUACCUUGAACUAUGUAAAUGAAUUGGCAAUUAGAAUAGUGUACAAUUGUGAUAUAGUUCUUGUAAACAUUUCAAUCAGUGUUCAAAUUUUAUUGUCUCACUUGGACAUGAUUUUAAAGGUCUCCUUGUCAGGAAGGGUCAUGGUUCUGUAAUGUUGCCAAAAAUUGGAGAGCUUGUGAGAAGGAUGCUAAUUUUAAGGCAGCCUCACUGUACCAGGCUAAUGAUUUAUGUGGUUUCUGUGGACAGUCUGAAAUGUGCUCAGUAUAAUGUACAAUUCGUGACUCCAGCUAUGGUGCUCAUAUGGUGUGUUAUGGGCUUUAAGACUGAUUCUGGUAAAUUAUGCCAUUAUAAAGCCGCAGCCCCAAUUGGCAGUGCUUUACAAAUUUCUUACAAUACAUUGUUGAAUUUGAAAUUUUAAUGCUCUGUUUGAAUGAAUGCAGGUUAUUCUACAAAUGUGUUAUAUUGCAAGCUGUGAGUCUGCAUUGUACAUACUGUAAUGUCUUAUGAAUGCAGGGCAAUAACCAUUUAAAUAAAAUAUUGACAAUAUA